GGGGAGAAGUGAAGCAGAAUAGAUAGAGGGGUGUGAGCUGUGGGGGUGUGAGUACUGGGCCCCACUGCCCAUGUGCCCCUCUUCAGUCUCCACCACCUCCUGUUUCUCACUCAAUCAUUACCCCUCUAUUCUCCGUCUCUCUACUCUCUUAUUCUCAACGUCAAACCCAAAACCCCUUCUUCUUCUUCUUCUUCUUCUCUCGCGCCGCAAUAAUAAUACUAAAACAUGUCCAACUCUGAUGGAGCCACUAACGCCGUCCCUCCCAACGACGCCAACAACAACACAAUCGUUGAGUACCAGCAGCGAACCACCACCACCACCACCGCCGCCGCCGCCGCCCUCGCCGUCAAGAAACCGCCUUCCAAGGACCGCCACAGCAAGGUCGACGGCCGCGGGCGCCGCAUUCGCAUGCCGAUCAUCUGCGCCGCCCGCGUCUUCCAGCUCACGCGCGAGCUCGGCCACAAGUCCGACGGCCAGACCAUCGAGUGGCUCCUCCGCCAGGCGGAACCCUCCAUCAUCGCCGCUACCGGCUCCGGCACCACUCCGGCGAGCUUCUCCACUGUCUCCGACCACAAGCCCCUCCUCCCUCCCCCUACCCCCUUCAUCCUCGGCAAACGCAUUCGCCCUGACGACGACUCCGCCGCCAAAGACGACGCCGUCUCGCUCGUCGCCCCCCCCACGCCGCCCGCCCUCUGGGCCCUACCUCCCCGCCCCGACUUCGGCCAGGUCUGGAGCUUCGCCGCCGCGCCCGAACUCGUGUCGGUGUCGCCGCAGAAUUCAAUGUUUCACCAUCACCAUCAACACCACCAGCAGCAACAGCAACAGGCCGCCAUGGGAGAGGCCUCUGCCGCAAGGCUCGGGAAUUACCUCCCCGGCCACCUCAAUUUGCUCGCCUCGUUGUCCGGCGGCCACGGGAAUUCCGGCCGGCGGGACGACGAGCCUCGCUGAAUGAAUCAAUUUCUGAAAUUAUGAUGGAUUUGAUUGUGAUCUUCUUCGUAUAUAAAUAUAUGUAUUAUUGUGUGUGGGUGGGUGAGUUUGUAUUUUGUCUCUGUGACUUUGUUGUUGUGUGUGGACUACUGUGGACAAGGAGAAGGAUUGAAGAUUCUUAGUGAAAUUUUUAGGGUUAGUUUUUUUUUUUAUUUAAUUUUUGGUAGUAUUUCGAGUGGACAAGUCCAUGAAUUAAGGAAUUCAAUUGGAUUAUUAGGGUUUUCCUUGUUUGGAAAACUGAUUAGGUUACUUGUUAGGAGAUGAUGAUGAAUUUGUUUAGAACAUUGCUGGAGGAGAGACAACAGAGAGUAUGAUGAUGAGAUGAAUAACCAGGGAUUGAGGCUUGGAAGUGGGUUUCAGGACCUCGAUCCAUUGAUCGGUAUGCAGAUGCAGAUGCAAAUGCAAAUGCAGACGCAGAUGCAAGUGUAAUGAAAUGAAAAAUUAAUUUAAUGAUGUUAUUGUGGAAAAUAUCACACCAGAGUCCAAGGCGAAUGAAUUCAAGGUUAAGCUUCUUCUUGUUUC